GUCAGUGAGCGGACGCCGCACCGUAGGCUCUUUUAAUAAUAACAGUAUGCCUUCGUGUAUAGUUAAAAGUUGCAAAAACGCGUCUGAUAAACCAGAAACUAGACAUGGGUUUUCUUUUCAUAAAUUUCCGCGUGAACCAAUUCUGAGGAAGAAAUGGGUUACUAUUAUAAGGAAAACUAGAGAUGAUGAGAAUUGGAGUCCAUCGAUGCAUUGUGUGGUUUGCUCUGCACACUUUGAAGAAAGAUAUUUAUAUAAUACAAAAUCUGGCCUCCGUCGAGUAGGUCGUAAAGCAGUUCCAACAAAGAAUUUAUUCGUUUCUACUAAUAUCCCUAUUGACAUUGAUACAAGUGAUCAAUGUCACCAUCUCGCCGAUAAAACAUUAUCCAGCCCUAAAAGUGAAACUACGUGCGAUUUUGACUCGGAAACUAAACCUGCAGCUGACCUUCCCACCAAUACUUGUCCAGUACCGGGCACUUGUAUUGAAUACGAUUUUCCGAAAAUAUAUAUAAAAGUAGAGCCACUGGAUCCAUCGUCAGAAAAUGUUGAAAACGUUACUUCCGAAGAAAAUGAAAAUGACAUUAAAGACAAGUCUGAAAAAGAGCCGACAAGGCUACCGUUAAAAAUGUCUACAAGGCGUAAAUUAAAAACACUACAACAAAAAGUGCGACGUCUGAAAAAGAGAAAUACAUUAUUAAAAGAUCUAUUGAAAGAGUUAUUGGAAAAACAUCUUAUUAACGUAGUGGAUACACAGAAACUGAUGUCUGAAAAUGCAGUUUUAACGGGAUUACUCCGUAGUGUGCACACGCGUCGUACUGAAGAUAACAAACUGGUUCCGGAGGCUACAGCAGAGCAUGACGAAGACGAUCAGUCAUGAAAUUGUGGAUCUAAUUACCAAUCCUGACGUACGGUUUCACAUAAUUUCUUUCAUUAAAGGUAGUGAAUGAAAAGCAAUAGACCAAAACUAAGUGUAUUCUGUUGUAUGUCUGUAAUUAGGACUUUUUUGUCGUUUAGGAACCAAAAAACGACAUUUUCCCUUUUGCCAGAACCAGAACAUGGCUUACAGCAGCAUUUCUUGCCUUGUCAUGCAGGCAUGUAAAUAUCUAAAAUGUGAUUAAUAGACAUAAUCAUUUUUAAAAGAUGUUUCACAACCAUGAUUGUAACACGGCCCAAACAUAUUGUAAUUGAGCACGAUUGCGUCCCGUAGACCUAUAAUAUUAUGAGUAUUAUUUGCGAUAAUUUAAAACAAAACGUACAAAACUAUAAAAACAAACGCUAAAAAAAACGCUUUGUAAAGAAAAAACAGCAAAAUAAACGCUUUCGUAAUUUUAAAAAUAUUCGUGUUUUUUUUACGUUUAGUUGUUUAGCAGCGUCCUAAAACUAUUAUUAGGAUAUUUCAGUAUCAUGGUAACAUUGGAACCAAAACGGGAGCUCGCAAACAAGGAAACUCAAGUUACGCGGUUACGGUAUUUUUUUUUUCAGUCAUGGCAAAUAUAAUCAUUAUGUCAAGUGAUUAGAGUAACGACAAAUGUCUUAUUAUACUUUCAUCAUAAUAGACGUACAGAUGCUUUUCUACCUCCUAGACGAAUUUAAUACCGUAUUGAGACGGGAGUGAUAAAAAAUAUAGUAUUUGUUUUUCAAAUCUAGCAACUUCUUUUUUUUUAAAUGGCAAUACAAUACUGACAG